CCUGGCGAGCCAGAAGUGUUCUUGUUCCCCGCUAUCAUCCCCGGAUUUGACUUAUGCGAAAAGAAAUGGAAGGAGAUCGAAGUGGAUAAGAUCCAUGACGUUGUAUGGAAUGACAACGCCUUCAGGCACUUAGUUGCCGACGAGGAUGUGAAGGAACGAAUCGAAGCCGCGGUCCGCAAGCAGCUUGAGACUAGGACUGAUCACAUCAACAACAAGGGUAAGGGGCUCAUCAUGCUCCUGCAUGGACCACCAGGAACCGGAAAGACCUUCACAGCUCAGUCUGUCCGCCUGGGCUCAAAAUGGAAUUGUAUCAUGCUUCUGGAAGGAGCAGACAUUUUCAUUCAGCAGCGCCAACGACGCGACACUCUCGUGUCCAUCUUUCGGAACCGCCUGGAAUACGAGGACGGUAUUCUGGUCUUGACGGCAAACAGCGAUAUUGCAUUUGACGAGACUGUCACGUCGCACAUCAAGAUA